CUGUGUACUCCGGGGCACUGAGUGCUGGCUGUGGGCUGUCUCCUUCAGCCCCUGCCCCAGGCGUGUGCGGCUCAGCCUCAGGCACUUGAAGGAUCGGGUGGAUUUACUGUCACUUCUCCGGGGACUGCCGAGGCGGGUGGAUGCAGGGAGGGAGGAGAGGAUGCUCGCGGCCAGCCGGCCGGCACCUCGCGGGUGAGCCGUUCCUCGAGUGGCCAGCGGUGUUGGGAGGAGCACGGAUGGACUGACUGCCGCCCUCCUCCCCACUCGGACAUGGACAAGCGUGGCACGUGCGGCUCUUGGAUGGCCAGAAGUGGGAUUCCCAGGCCCCGGGUAGUGCUGGCUCCUGCCCGGGCAGGCAGCUGUGCCCAGGUGCUGAGCAGCACCAGAAAUUGUCCUUGCAAAAUGAGCCAGCUUCCUCCGAAGAGUCCUUUGGCAUCCCUGGUGUCAGAGGGCACGAAUUCCAGGGUAGAGGCUUUGGACAACUUGUCAAUGGACAGUUUCUGGCUAGAAGUAGAGAACAUUAAACAGAGUGCUGAAGUCGAGCAAGAGGAAUGCAGCCUUGCAGAUGUCAAAACACAAGACGAGGGAGAAGCUGAAGCUGAGUGGCUCCAGGACGCGGGUCUGUCCGAGCUCCUCGAGACCGUGGCUUCGGACAGUGACAACCUCGUGCUGCUCUCCACCCUGACCCAGACCCAAGCGGCCGCUGGCAGCGCCGGCUGGACACCUACUCCCCGCUCCCGCCGGAGAAGAAACAAGCACUCUGUGCGUGAUGUCCGGGACAUUUUCGGAGUGGCCAGCUCGGAGGAGACAGUAGCAGAGAAAGAGGAGUCCAGCCCCGAUCUGUUGUGGCAGAAUCUCCAGACUGCAAAUGCACAGAGAAAAACCCAGGAUUACUCCCGCGCAGUUCGAAACCCUGGAAAAGAGGAGACGUUCAACAUGGAUGUUGCCUACUCAGAGCAAGCAGCUAUCCUCCUCAAGGGAUCCUUCCUGUCUGAAUCUAGGAAGUUAAAGGAUGGAAAUGCUCUAACUAAAUUUAAGAUCCUCAAGGGCAGACUAGGAGUGACCAGGAUUGGAGAUCUGUCUGCUCAGGACAUGAAGAAGAUCCCCACACUGGCCCUCAUUGAACUGACAGCUCUCUGUGAUAUCCUGGUUGAGCUGAAGAGAAACAAAGCAGCAAAACUGAAAACAACAGAGAAAAGGCUUUUCGGAGUUCCACUCAACACCCUGUUGGAAAAUGACCAAAAGCUGCUUCCCAACACCAAGGUUCCUCUGCUACUCCAGGCACUGUUGUCCUGCUUGGAGAAGAGAGGACUUGAAACAGAGGGCAUUCUGAGAGUUUCUGGGUCUCAGACCAGGAUCAAGAGUCUGGAACAGAAGUUAGAAAGGGAGUUCUACACUGGCCUUUUCCGCUGGGAUGAAGUGCACCAGAAUGAUGUGUCUGGGCUGCUGAAGAGGUUCAUACGGGAGCUGCCAGCCCCGCUGCUAACAGCAGAGUACCUCCCUGCUUUUGCUGCUGUGCAAAAUAUUCCAGACCUGAAGCAAAGGUUGCAAGCGCUGAACCUCCUGAUCCUGAUUCUGCCAGAGCCCAACAGAAACACUCUAAAGGCUCUACUUGAGUUUCUCAGCAAAGUGGUUGCCAGGGAGAACAACAACAAAAUGAACCUCUGGAAUGUUUCCACAGUCAUGGCCCCAAACCUCUUUAUGCACAAGGGGCUGCCAAACAAGAUCCCUGAAGGGAAGGAGAAGCAGCUGGCAGAGGGAGCGGCUGACGUGGUACGGAUGAUGAUACAUUACCAGGAUCUGCUCUGGACAGUCUCCUCUUUUCUGGUAGCUCAAGUGAGAAAGCUGAAUGAAAGCAACAGCAAAAGGUACCAAUUCUGUGACAAGCGAAUUAAAAAUUUGUUGCGCAAGAUUCAUGCUGAUAAAGAUAAGGUGGAAAAGAACCAGGCAGAGCCUUCGAAGAUUGUGAAAGUCCACGCAUCACUCUUCCUGAAGGACUCACUGGAGGUGCAUUUGAACAAUGCAACCAGGGUUGCAGAUGUCCUCAGGCAGUUUCAAAAGAAGCUGUGCCAGAAUGGCUGGAAUAUUGUUAACACUGUCAACCUCCUCAAGUGUAACAACUCAACAGAGUGCACAAACUUAUUUCUGUAUGAAGUGGGAGGUAAUAUUGGUGAACAUUGCCUGGACCCAGACACUUACCUCUUGGACUUGUACCACAUCAAUCCCCAUACUGAGUGGAUAAUUAAGCAAAACCCAUCUUAUCCUCGGAUGUUCUAAGGAAAAGAUGAGAAAAACGAAGCAUUUGGUUGAAGUUUUUGCAAGUUGUGGAAAUAGAGACAUUUCAGGUGUAGUCACAGACUGGACAAUGCUUGUGACUUUGGAGGAAAAACAACUUUAUUUACUGCUUCCAUGGCAGCUGGCAGUGUGGUACAUGAGCCUACCUGCUAAAAGAGCUGUUGGAAACAAGCAGCAAUUCCUAUGUAGAAGACUUGGCAGGGGGAAUGACUGUUCUUAAACAAAAUAUCCCCCCAAAACAAGCCCUGAAAGCAAAGCAACAGUGAUUGUGCAGCAAAUAUGGAAUGUAAAAGAAGAAAGGUCAACUUGAAGAUUUUAGAAAACAUCUGUCUAUUCUGGAUUUGCUCUUUUUUUUGUUGUUGUUUUUUGGUCGCAUCCACCAUUUGGAGGAGAGACAGUCAAAUUGCUGCAGUGGUAUUAAGGAUAUCCCCUUGGUAAGGUCCAUGAUUGCCUGGUGCACAUCACCAGAAGUUGAGACCAUAGAUUUCACUAAGAGACACUGUUAUGUUCUUUGAAGAAUGAAGAAGGGUGUUUGCAAAAAGGCCAGGUGGAAUGUGAUACCAACACCCUGUAUUUAAUGACUGCAGAUAAAUACAUACGCAACACAAGAACAUAACUCUCCUUGCAAAAAAUGGACAGCAACCUUUCAGGUGUGCAGUGUGACAAGAGAGAUGUGUGUCCUAUACAGCCCUGCUGGUAAUGCAAAACCAAAUCUACAGGCUGCCAUUGAUGAGGGUAAAACAUGCAUUUAUUUUACUGGACAACCUAUAUGUCAACAGAAAACAGGAAAUAUUCUGAAGUUAAUUUGAGGUUAGUAAUCUGACCUGGCUGCAUAAACUGAACAUCUUUGUGGAGGAUUCUGUGUCAACAUGUCCGUCCAAAACAAACCAAGCCUCCCCUGAGAUGUGAAGUGGCUGAACUGAGAGGUCUGUGCCUGUACCUGGUCACACAGUGGGUACUGAACUGAGCCUUCAUUGCUCCAGCUGCACGUUUCCAUCCCUCACAGCACAAUGUGGUCGCUGUGGGUGGAGAAUGAGGGUAGAGCAAAACACUUGCACCUCACGUUGCUGCUGCAUCAUCAUCAUCCAACCCCAGCUAAAGAGGACUCUACUCGUGGAGGAGGAGCACAGAAGAAUUGUAUUCCUUUGUGAUGUUACUGAAAUAUCUUGUGUGAGGGAACCCACUGUGCAGUUACAGAGGAUGGAACGUGCAUCAUAUCCAGAAAUCCGGAUGUCUCUUUUUAUGUACUGUUAUUAAACACUGUUGGAUAUUUAUUCCUGUGGCAGAGGCAGGGCUGCCCUGCAAGUGUAUGCUCAAAGUAUUUCAUUUGCCAAAUUCUAGGUGCACUAGUGACAAUCUCCAGUAUUAUUUCUUUUGUUAAAUUAAUUGGUUUCCAUUGCAAUCUGAAUUUUCCUCCCUCUCCUUUUUUUCCCCGAGGUGGAUGUGUAGUUUUCCUUACUCUUUAUCUCAAACUCCUAGUUUCUGUUGUAAGGGCACUUCACUCUGUGUCUGUGUGGUUAAAUUCUUGUGGUGGUUAAGAUCCUAGAAGAACAGGUGAGCCAUAGUCCAUAUUCUUUCCAGCCUGUUAUGAACAGUAUAUGAGUGGCGAUGAUAUCUUAAAAUUAUGCAUAUAUUAGAGAGUCCGUCUAGUAUUUUUUGGUUGAGAUGAUGCAGAUGCAUUGACUGGUUGGACCAUCUUCACAGCUAUCUUCUUAAGAAACGAUAAUAUAAACUUGCAGAAAAACCACCUCCCAACCCUGACUGAGAUCCCCCAUGUCAAGAAUUCUUGAGGGAGGUGCCUCUUUUAUAGGGUUUAAAUUGUGCCUAAAAGAGCCUGAUUGUUUUCCUUGAGGAUGAGAAAUUUGUGCCUUGAAAGAUCAAGCUGCUUUAAAAUGGGGCAUUAAAAAUCAAUGGUACUUAUUCACUCAUCACUUGUAGAAUUCUUUGUUGCAGUGAUGGAGUUGGCAAAGAGCGAAUGCCAGAAAUGUGAUAACCCGAGAAAUACCCAACUCAUAAAGGCAUGGGUGUGAGCUCAAAGAUCUUUUGCAGGCUAAAUUGCACCCCUGCAAAUCACAUGAUGCUGCAUUUUUUUUCCACCCCUCGUGUGCUGGUUUAUUAAACAUACUGUCAGUAUGUAUUGAGGGGUCACUACAUCACUGCUACUGUAAACUACAAAUGAUUGGGAUUUUUUGAAAACCAAACAAUGUGAAUCAGUGCUGUGAAAACCAAGGUUCGUGGGAGAUUCUUAAGAGACAAAUAUCAGGUCUCAAACAUGAAAGGAAAUGUAAAAAA